AUGUGGUUUUUCCUGUUAAUCAUUUCAUCGUUUUACAUUUGGACAUGUGACGGACUGACGGUAAAAGCGGUGGUACCUCGGUACAAGAUCCGAGGCGAGACGGCCGUGCUCCGAUGCGACUUCGAGCUGGAAGGAGCCCUUCUGUACGCCGUCAAGUGGUACCGCGAAAACGAGGAGUUUUACCGGUAUGUGCCCAAGUCGGACCCUCAGAAGACGUCUUACGUUGUGGACGGGAUUAAGGUCGACCACAUGCAGUCCAACAGUCGGCAGUUAACGUUGAGAGACAUAACGUUGAAAACCACAGCUAAUUACCGGUGCGAAGUUUCUGCAGAAGCGCCGUCGUUCGCUUCCGCACAAGAUGGUGGCCGAAUGGAAGUUAUAUACUUGCCUAAAGAUGGUCCAUACAUCACUGGCGAUAAGUCAAUUUACCAGUUUGGCGACACGAUCAAUUUGAACUGCACUUCAGCCAAAUCUUACCCAGCAUCCAGUCUUCAUUGGUUCAUAAACAACAUUUCGGCGAAAGAAGAAUCUUUGAAGAGGUACCCAGCGCAGAAACACCCUCGAGGGCUCGUGACGACAACUUUGGGGUUGCAUUUACCUCUGGAUGCGGAGACCGUGUUGAACGGGGCAGUGAGGGUCAGGUGUGUGGCAGUACUAUCGCCCGUAUUGUGGACUAGUGACAACGAGAAAGUGCUGCCCAGACAGGAUAAAAGAGAAGCACUCCUGCUCGUUACAGGAUCUUCCAACGAAUGUAAAUCCAACAGCGUCGUCGUGUUCCUAUUUUUAAUACUCAUACAUGUGUUUUUUUAA